AUGGAAAUCAUCAAGCAGUCGUUGUGUCUGUUAGUCCUGUUUAAUGGUACUCAUAUGUUUCUUCUAGAAUCAGAAAAUGAAGUGUGUUACGAUAAACUGGGAUGUUUCUCGACUGCUGACCCAUUCACCAGCUCACAGCGGCCUAUUUCGGUUCUUCCUCAGUCGACAGACAAAAUCAGAACGACCUACAUCCUGUACACACGAGAGCGAAGACCCGAACCCCAGACGCUAGACGCCAGGAACCCGGAGAACAUCCUUAAAGUGUGGCCCAGCUUCAGUUCCAGGCCCACCAAAUGGAUCAUCCAUGGUUUCUUCCAGACAGUCAGAACUUGGUCCUGGAUGAAGGAACUUGCCGAAGAACUUCUGAAGUUCGGAGACUAUAAUGUGAUCGUUGUUGACUGGUCAGGAGGGAACCAGUUCCCUUACACACAGGCUUCAGCCAACACCAGGAUUGUCGGGGCUCAGAUUGCACUGCUAGUCAAUCAUCUGAUUGAGGCGAAAGUCUUACUAACAGCUGAUGACGUACAUAUCAUUGGCCACAGUCUAGGGGCACAUAUAGCCGGGUAUGCCGGGGAGAGAAUCACCGGCCUGGGUCGAAUCAGUGGCCUUGACCCAGCUGGUCCCUACUUCCGGGACACUGACCCUCGUGUGCGAUUGGAUGAGACGGAUGCCAAGUUUGUGGAUGCCAUGCACACAGACGUUGAACAGGGAUUUGAGAUAGGUUUGGGCACGCCAACACCCAGUGGCCACGCUGACUUCUUCCCCAACGGUGGAAAUGACCAACCUGGGUGUGGGGGAACGCUGGUCUCGGAAAUAUUAAAGAGCGGACUUGUCAAAGGUGUGGCCGAUUCUGUGUUCUGUAGCCACAUGCGAGCAGUCGAAUUCUUCAAUGAGAGCAUCAACUCCCCUUGUCCAUUCUUGGCCUUUCCGUGUGCCAGUGAGGAAGACUUUGAGGCCGGUCUGUGCCAGAGCUGCGGCGUUGUGGCCUGUUCACGUAUGGGAUUCCACGCAGACAAAUAUAAACCUCCCCCAGGACAGAAAGUCAUAUACUAUCUGAAGACAGGAGCCCAAGCGCCAUUCUGCUUGUACCACUACACGGUGACUGUAACAUUCUCUAACGGAUCCUGGCCGAGUGUUUCUGGGCGUGCCUCAGUUGAGAUCAACUUAGACGGGUUCAAAUCUUCCUGGGUCUCCUUAACAGGAGAUGAGACUAGGAUAUUUGCACCAGGACAGACGGCAACCUUCUACGUGGACCUACCACAAAAUGUUGGCAAUGUCACCGCUUUGUCUUUCAAGUGGCAGAAAUCUUUCUCCUUGUCGACGCUUUUUAGAGAUCCAAGCGUCUCGAUUGAAGGCAUCGAUGUCUACGCCCAUGAGUCUGGAGCUAGGUUCAAGUUGUGUGGUCAAGGUAGGAGUGUGACCUCUGGGACAUCCGUCACCUUUUUGGUGACUUGCUGA